AUGACACUCUCGGUUCAAGGUUCACAAGAUAGUGGACGAGCAACGGGGGGUUUGGCUUCCUCAUUAAGUCCGGCUGAUGAUGCAGCACCGCAAAGGAGUCCAGAAGUGCGAUCUGUUUAUGAAUUUGAGAUACCAAAUACAUUAGUUGGAUUAAUCAUUGGUAUCAAAGGCAAAACUAUAAAGGAACUAUGUGUCCGUACGGGAGUGCGAAUGAUUAUCAGAUCUCAUCAUACACCGGGAAAGAUAGAAACGCAUCAAAUUUGUGCUGUGGAAGGAUCACGUGAAAAUAUCAAUAGAUGUCUACGAAUGAUGCGGCGCCGUUUUCCCACUGCUCGUUUUCCGGAAUUAAAUUUGAGGCCUGUGCUGCCACCACCAUUUCCAGGUCCACCAGCAGCACUUUACGGUACAAGACCAGUGCAGUUGACAUUGCCGGAGGGUGAGCGCUGUCGAGUAAUUUGCUCAGCUACCAUUGAUGUUGGCCAUUUCUUUCUUCAGCAACCUCAACAUCCAACAUUUAACGCACUGCAACGGCUAGAUUAUUAUAUGCUUGGCGUCUAUAUGCAGCUAGCAGGUGUACCGGAUUUGCCGAGACCAGUAGACGUUGAUAAGUUAUGUGUUGCACCAGCUUUCGAUGGUUGGUAUCGUGCAGUAACACUCGAUUACUACCAAGAAGAAGAUGAAGUUAUGGUAAGAUAUGUAGAUUAUGGUGGUUAUGGUCGUCUUCCAAGAAGCGAUUUGCGACAAAUAAGAACUGAUUUCAUGACGCUGCCAUUUCAAGCUACUGAAUGUUAUUUGGCACAUGUUAUGCCCGCUGAUGGAACAACAAAGUGGUCCGAUGAAGCACGGGAGCUGUUCCAAAUGUUGACACAGGGCCGCACACUGGAAUGUUAUGUUGUUGGCUACCACAUUGAAGAUUCAAGACCAUUUGUCGAAAUAUUCGCAACCGAUAAGAAUAAUAGGGUAGAUCGAAUUGAUAGUGCUCUGUUAGAUGCAAACCUUGCCAAAGCAUGGGAUCCAUCGAAAGUUAGACCAGUGCUUCCAAGGCCAGUACCGCCAUUAACAAGUAUACCUUUGGUUGGUCAUGUUGGAAAUGAAAUUUUUGUUGCAGAGUGA